UGUCUCACCGAUAUCGAAAAGUUUUGAUUUUUUCAGUACUGAGAUGAGAUUUUUCUAGUGAGACUUAAAGUACGUACUGGCUACUGGAGAGUUUCUAAGGGACAAUGAGUGGAGGAGUGUCUAAGAAAGCAUUCAAAUCAGGUGGGAAGUCUUCGGAUCGGAGAUUGGCAGGUAGUCGGCAAGCUGCUAGUUAUUUACAUUCAUCAGUUAAGAAUAGUAGUGCAGUUACGAGAGUCAUCGGAGCUCCAUUACCACCGAAGACAUCUGAAUCUGCUCAUACACCACCAAUACAUCCACCAUCUACAUCUACAUAUACUCCUACAACCUCAAAUAAUGAUAAUAAUAAUAAUAAUAGCAAUAACAACAAAACAGUCAAACGACAAGUAGGCACUCAAACCUGGGAAGACUCAACCUUAGUGGACUGGGAUCCCAAACACUUUAGAUUAUUUGUGGGGAAUCUCGGAGAAGACGUUACAGAACAACUAUUACAUGAUACAUUUAAGAAAUAUGCUACUAUGAGUAAAGUACGGGUCCCUCUAGAUAAGAAAUCAGGCAAAAAUAAAGGAUUUGGAUUUGUAGCCUUUGCAGAUGCCAACGAUUACUUUCAUGCUUUCAAAGAUAUGAAUGGUAAAUAUAUAGGUCAACAUCCUGUUCAGCUUAAACGUGCUGAGACUCCGUUGACACAAUCAAAGGUCAAGAAUAAGUCCAGAUCUAAGACUUCCAAUUGGAAGUGAUUGUAUUAGACUUUCUGUACUAUAUGUAAUUAUAAUUGAAUGUAUACUAUAUAUAUAGACGUAGUUAGAAGAGGACGAAUUCGUCACGUGAUUUUCUCCAAAUUAAAAUUAUAUACGCCCAUCAAUAAUUUUUCACUGUGC